UCUCGCUCUUCUUUUACAAGACAGAGAAGAAGCAUAUAAACACAAAACAAAACUUUUAAGAGAGCAUAGACGUUUUAUACAAUGGCUGUGGUUAUAUCUUCUAGUGGUAAUGCCCAGGCUUUCGAAGCGAAGAUGACUGUUUAUGUCUUCAUCUGUGUCAUUAUCGCAGCUGUAGGCGGUUUGAUCUUUGGCUACGACAUUGGGAUCUCCGGUGGAGUAACGGCGAUGGACGAUUUCUUGAAGGAGUUUUUCCCAGCUGUGUACGAGAGGAAGAAGCAUGCGCACGAGAACAACUACUGCAAGUACGACAACCAGUUCUUGCAGCUCUUCACCUCUUCUUUAUACCUUGCGGCUCUAGUGGCUAGUUUCUUCGCUUCCGCUACGUGCUCUAAGCUCGGACGCAAACCCACAAUGCAGUUCGCUUCCAUCUUCUUCUUGAUCAGUGUUGGCCUUGCCGCCGGAGCUGUUAACAUGUAUAUGUUGAUCAUUGGUAGAAUCUUGCUUGGAUUCGGUGUUGGCUUUGGUAAUCAGGCGGUACCUCUUUUCUUAUCAGAGAUUGCGCCGGCGAGGCUUCGAGGAGGUCUUAAUAUUGUUUUCCAACUAAUGGUUACAAUAGGGAUCCUAAUUGCCAACAUUGUCAACUAUUUCACCUCCUCAGUUCAUCCUUACGGAUGGCGACUGGCUCUCGGUGGUGCAGGGGUUCCCGCCCUCAUCCUCCUCUUCGGAUCGCUUCUCAUAUGCGAAACGCCGACUAGUCUUAUCGAGCGGAACAAAACCAAGGAAGGGAAAGAUACGCUCAAGAAGAUCAGAGGUGUUGAAAAUGUUGAUGAAGAGUAUGAGUCAAUCGUCCAUGCUUGCGAUAUCGCCAGGCAGGUCAAAGACCCUUACACGAAACUGAUGAAACCCGCAAGCCGACCGCCUUUCGUGAUCGGGAUGUUGCUCCAGUUUUUCCAACAGUUCACUGGAAUCAAUGCAAUUAUGUUCUACGCCCCGGUUUUGUUCCAGACUGUAGGGUUUGGAAAUGACGCAGCUCUGCUUUCCGCGGUUAUCACGGGAACGAUCAACGUACUCAGCACGUUUGUUGGGAUUUUCCUCGUCGACAAAACCGGCCGGAGAUUUCUAUUGCUUCAGUCUUCUGUUCAUAUGCUCAUCUGCCAGUUGGUCAUUGGAAUCAUCCUAGCCAAGAACCUAGACGUGACGGGUACGCUAGGACGGACACAAGCCUUAGUAGUGGUGAUCUUUGUGUGUCUUUACGUGAUGGGUUUCGCUUGGUCAUGGGGACCACUAGGAUGGCUAAUCCCUAGCGAGACCUUCCCCUUGGAGACUCGAACUGAAGGGUUUGCAUUGGCUGUGUCUUGCAACAUGUUCUUCACCUUCGUGAUCGCUCAGGCCUUCCUAUCAAUGCUUUGCGGGAUGAAGUCUGGGAUAUUCUUCUUCUUCAGUGGUUGGAUCGUUGUGAUGGGACUUUUCGCUUUGUUCUUCGUGCCGGAGACUAAAGGAGUCUCGAUCGAUGACAUGAGAGAUAGCGUGUGGAAGCUACAUUGGUACUGGAAGAGGUUUAUGCUUGAGGAAGAUGAGCAUGACGUCGAGAAGAGAACUGCUUAAGCUUGUUGAAACAAUCACCUUCUUUCUCUUUUUUAUUAUAUAUAUGUUUUCGGUGUAAUUGAUUUGGUUUUAAUU